AUGGCGAGCUAUCCUAUGGCAUAUGGCCACAUGUUCAGAUACCUGCAAGUGGCCAAGCACAUUGAGGCAUGCAAGGCGCAGGUCGUGUUCCUGUCCGAGUCCUGCAACGAGGCGACGUACAAGAAGCUCAUCCAGGGGCUCUGCGUGGAGAAGAAUGUGCCGGUCAUCGACGUCCCGGACAACAAAAGCCUCGGCGAAUGGGCGGGCCUUUGCAAGAUCGACAAGGAUGGCAUGCCCCGCAAGGUCGUCGGUGCAAGCUGCGUGGCCAUUGUGGACUUCGGUGAGGAGGGUGAGGCAUACAACUUCAUGAUGUACCUGGACGAAAUUGAGGAAGCAUCUCGGCAAGUGAGAGCGUCAACUCUUGCGGGAGAGGUCCACACGUCUGACUCCUUGUUCCGGAAGUGUUGCGAGCUGGUCACGGAGUUCCCGAGCCGGUACCUGGCCUACCGCCACUACCGAUUGCAGGGCUGGACGGUAUGCCCAGAUUCGCUCAAGUUUGGUGCAGACUUCCUGCUGUACGAUGGGCGGCCAGACGAGGUCCACGCAGACUAUGCUUUGAUCCUUGCCACCGAGUCCUUGCAGUGGAAGGACGUGGUGAUGGCGAGUCGUUUGGCGCAGCUGGUGGCCAAAGAGCUGCUACUGGUCGCAGCCAAUCCGUCUUCAAAGGCUGAGGCCUGA